UAUGUGCUGAGGUCCCCGCAGCUGACCGGCGAUUCCCGGCGGGGCGGAGUUGGAGCCGCAGAGGGAACCGAAGGAAAGGGAGUUGGCUCUAGAGAGUGGUAAAUUAAAGGAGACCUCAAGCAGCAGACAGCUUGGGUCAUGGCCUCUGACCUGGACUUCUCUCCUCCUGAGGUGCCUGAGCCCACUUUCCUGGAGAACCUGCUGCGGUAUGGACUCUUCCUGGGGGCCAUCUUCCAGCUCAUCUGCGUGCUGGCCAUCAUCAUACCCAUUCCCAAGUCCUACGAAGUGGAGACGGAACCAUCUGAACCCAGAAGUGCAGAAGUAACAAGGAAGACCAAGGCUGCUGUUCCUUCUGCCAACAAGAGGCCCAAGAAGGAGACCAAGAAGAAGCGAUAGAAGUGGAGGCCUGAGGAACCAGGCGAGCCUGGGAAUCAACAUCCUGUUUUCUUUCCAUCCCAGGCUCAGUGUCUAGAUGCUGUGACACCAUCUGACCACAGAGAUCUGGACAGUCAUGAUGGUCCCCAGGCUUUAGCUGGACAGAACACCACUUCCUCCUGCUCCUGCUUCCAUGGUGGUUUCCAGUCCGGGGACUGAAAUGCCCUGUGAGCAGACACUGCCCUGGGGGGUUGUUAAGAAGCCAGUUCAUCUCACAGUUACUUAAUCACUGUGACUAGGCAAUAGGCACCCACCUUGUGGACUCACGCUACACCUUGGAAUCGCUAUCUAAUGCUGACAAGCACUUCCUCUCCCAUUGCUCUAUACCACAGAUCUGCUAAUCAGUCACCUUCAUUUCUGCUGUGUAGAUGGAGCUAGACCUCAAGUGUGUUAGGGCAAGAAGAUAUGGCCAUGCAGUGGUACUGAUCCCACUCACUGGCUGCACCACCCAGGCCUAAAAAUGCUCACUGGAAGAGCCAGCAGAAAGCCUGGACCAGAGUCACACCUGAGAUUCCUCUAGCAGGUAGAAGGGAUUUGGUUGAAUGAGUACAUAUUCUUGGGCACAAACUUUCUGAGCCUCUGAAAUAGCAGGCUUGUCAACUUCAGACCAACCUCUUCAACCCAUUAUAACAUCCAAGGUAUUAUGCCUUUGACUUCUACCUGCACACCAUCCACUUCUUCCCCCUCAGUUUUUUCAUUCUCUGAGUAGUGAAGAAAAGUUACUUGGAAAGUAAAGGUCAAUAAAGUAUUUUGCAUGCUGA